AUUAUGGGGAAUUACAAGACUGUAUUCCCACUGGAGUUGGAGAAAGACUUGGUUGAUUACGUUCUACACCUUGAGACUCUUAUGUAUGGUCUGACGACAAAUGACGUACGCAAUCUGGCCUAUCAACUAGCCGUUAGAAAUGGACUGCCAAAUUCGUUUAACAAAGACAAGGAAAAGGCUGGGAAGGAUUGGCUCCUGAGCUUCAUGAAGCGACACCCUGCCUUCAACCCCAAAACUACACAAGACGCAAUGAUUCAGUGUACUGUAUGUCUACAAUGGGCCCAUACCAAGUGUGCUGGGACGGACGAAGACACUGAUGACUUUAUUUGUGAUUUCUGUGCUUAGUGAUUGCAUGUAGGCCUAAAUCAUAAAUUUUCUAGUUCAAAGUUUUAUGCAUCUGUUGUAAUUGAUGCUGAACAAUCUUCCUGCCCAUGCAGAUUGCAUGUAAAUCAUUAAUUUUCCAGUUCAAAUCUUUAUUAAAUUAGUUGAAAUUCAUGUUACACAAAGA